AUGUUCCAUACCAAGAAACCCUCAACUAUGAAUUCCCAUGAUAGACCCAUGUGUGUUCAAGGGGACUCUGGUCUUGUCCUCACCACAGACCCUAAGCCCCGUCUCCGCUGGACUGUUGAGCUCCAUGAACGCUUUGUGGAUGCUGUUACUCAGCUUGGAGGCCCAGAUAAGGCCACUCCCAAAACCAUCAUGAGAGUCAUGGGUGUGAAGGGUCUUACCCUUUACCACCUCAAAAGCCAUCUUCAGAAAUUCAGACUUGGAAAGCAACCACACAAAGAUUUCAAUGAUCAUUCAAUUAAGGAUGCUUCGGCGUUAGAUCUUCACCGAAGUGCAGCAUCUUCGUCUGGCAUGAUGAGCCGCAGUAUGAAUGAGAUGCAAAUGGAGGUGCAGAGAAGACUGCAUGAACAAUUAGAGGUUCAAAGACACCUUCAAUUAAGGACUGAGGCUCAAGGGAAAUAUAUACAAAGUUUGUUGGAGAAAGCUUGCCAAACCCUAGCAGGUGAUCAAAACUUGGCUUCUGGAAGCUAUAAGGGAAUUGGGAAUCAAGGACUUCCUGAUAUGGGUGCAAUGAAAGACUUUGGUCCUCUGAAUUUUCCUGCAUUUCAAGACCUUAACAUUUAUGGGGGUGACCAACUUGACCUUCAACACAAUAUGGAUAGGCCAUCACUUGAUGCUUUCAUGCCGAACAACGACAUUUGUUUGGGAAAGAAGAGGCCCAGUCCUUACGGUGGCAGUGGCAAGAGCCCUUUGAUUUGGUCAGACGAUCUGCGUUUGCAAGAUUUGGGAUCAGGACCGGCAUGUCUAGGACCUCAAGAUGAUCCUUUCAAAGGUGACCAGAUCCAGAUUGCACCACCAUCAAUGGAUAGGGGUACUGAUCUGGAAUCGAUAUCUGACAUAUAUGAAACAAAGCCAGCACUUCCUGGUGAUGCACUGGAUGAAAAGAAAUUCGAAGCAUCAGCAAAGCUUGAAAGGCCAUCGCCAAGAAGAGCACCACUUUCAGCAGACAGGAUGAGCCCUAUGAUCAAUAGCAGUGCAGGCAGAAACUCACCGUUUGGUUAA